AUGAGACGUACAGCACUUCAAGAGUAUGCGUUAUAUUUUUUCACUUCCAACACUCAUCUGACUUUGAACCUUUGGGACCAUGAGACAUACAGCACUUCAAGAAUACGCGUUAUAUUUUUCACUUUCAACGUUCAUCUGACUUUGGACCCUUGGGACCAUAAGACGUACAGCGCUUCAAGCCUACUCACGUUAUAUUUUUUCACUUCCAAUAUUCAUCUGAUUUUGGACCUUUGGGACCAUGAGAGUACAGCACUUCAAGACACUUCAAGCCUACUCGUGUUAUAUUUUUUCACUUCCAAUGUUCAUCUGAUUUUGGACCUUUGGGACUGUGAGAGUGCAGCACUUCAAGAGUACACAUUAUAUUUUUUCACUUCCAGCACUCAUUUGACUUUGGACCCUUGGAACC